AUGAGUUUGGACACUAGUAUUACGGAUAUUCAGCGAUCAACGAGUACAGUCUCAAAUAAUUCCAGUCAACGAAGAAGAUCGGUAUUUUUUGAAGAUAAUGCGAAGCUUAUUCCCGAACUUGAAGUCAAAGAUGUUCGGAUAAAAAACUCAGAUGGCGACUCUAAUGAAGGAACUGAGACUGAAAUCAAACGACGGGUUGUCCAAGGCGCACUGGCUAGAUUCAACACUUUCAACUUCUUCUUUAGCUGUGCUGCUUGGUUCAUCAUAACUACACUCGUCAUCACUGGGAUCCUUCAAAAGGUCUUCAAAGACGAAAACAUGGGCAUUUUUCGAGCAUGCAUCGGAGUUACAUUUGGCCUUCUCUGGUUUCUCCCAGAUAUGAUCAAUGCUUGCCGCAAGUCAGAAAAACCUACAAGUGACAAUUUGAACAGCGACAUGAAGGAUUUGCCCAUGUUUAUCAAAAGUGGCGAUAAAUUCAUCGACUACCAGAGAAAACUCCAUCGUCUUGGGAUGCAAAAAGAGCCCGAGACUAUUUCAUCUGACCCUAUUAGCCGAGUUGAGAAUUUCCGCCGCAUGUCAAUGGCAGAAAGCAUCCAUUCUCAAUCCUCAAAUGAAAACCAGAGAGCAAAACAACUCCAGCGAAUUCGACGUGCAUCCCUUCGUCGCGCUAGUCUUCCGUCGAAUGUCCUCAACAACAUUUCUAUCAGCUCUGUCCUCGACGAGAUUCCAUCAGAACAUAAAUAA